AUGGCCAGCGCGGCCGUCGAAAUCCUGGCUUUCCUGCUGGUCAUCUCUGGCUGGGUGCUGGUGUCCUCCACGCUGCCCACCGACUACUGGAAGGUGUCCUCCAUCGACGGCACCGUCAUCACUACGGCCACUUUCUGGGCCAACCUUUGGAAGACCUGCGUGACCGACUCCACCGGGGUGUCCAACUGCAAGGACUUUCCCUCCAUGCUGGCGCUGGACGGUUACAUCCAAGCAUGCAGAGGACUCAUGAUUGCUGCUGUCUGCCUUGGAUUUUUUGGCUCUGUAUUUGCCCUGAUUGGGAUGAAGUGUACAAAAGUUGGAGGCUCAGACCAAACUAAAGCUAAAAUUGCUUGUUUUGCUGGACUGAUCUUUAUUAUUUCAGGACUGAGUGCAUUGACUGGUUGCUCCCUCUAUGCUCAUCGAAUAACAUCUGAGUUCUUUGACCCCACAUUUAUUGCACAAAAGUAUGAACUAGGAGCAGCUUUAUUCAUUGGUUGGGCUGGAGCAUCACUCUGCAUAAUUGGUGGCAGCAUAUUCUGCUUCUCCAUUGCCGAAAACAAACCAACUCAACGGAUUGUUUAUACAUACAACAGACCUUCUUCUGUGAUGUCUACUCGAACCAAGGCCUACUCAGCAGAUUUUAAAGGAUCCAAGAUGCCUCCAAAGCACUUCGACAAAAAUGCCUAUGUGUAA